CGGUUGGGAGGAGAAGUCGCUCGCGCGAGGAAGCGGCGGCCGUUAGGAAAAUGGCGCCGUGCGGCCGGGGCAGAUGCCAGUCGCUGGUCAUCGCCGCCGCUUUCCUGGCGCAGUUGUGCCACGGCCACGCCGCCCGGCUGUACAGCAGCCAGGACUCGGUGACCAUUCUGGAGGCGGAAGGGGUUAAGGGCCUACUUGGGAACUCGUCGGCCGCCUGGGUGGUGGAGUUCUACUCGUCGUGGUGCGGCCACUGUGUCAACUAUGCGCCCACCUGGAAGGCACUGGCCCGGGACGUGAAAGAGUGGGAAUUAGCAAUCCGAAUAGGUGUGAUGGACUGUGCCGAUGAGAAGAAUUUUGCCAUUUGUGCAGAGUAUGGCAUUCACUUCUAUCCAACUUUUAGGUACUUCAAAGCACUUGCAACCCAGUUCACAACAGGAGAAAAUUACAAAGGACCAAACAGAGAGUUAGAAACUAUUCGACAAAUCAUGGUCGACUUUCUGCAAAAUCACACUAGUACAAACAAGCCGCCUGCUUGUCCAGUACUGAGCACUGCAAGCUCUAGCUCUGUUCUAUCUUUGUUGGGAAAACACCAGAAGCACUAUACAGCUGUUAUAUUCGAAAAAGAAUUUUCCUAUGUUGGUCGGGAGGUGAUACUUGAUUUGAUGCAGUAUGAAAAUAUUAUUGUGAAACGAGUGUUGGAUACAGACAAAAAGUUAAUGGAAAAACUUGGUAUCCAUUCAGUGCCGUCUUGCUACUUGUUUUACCCUAAUGGCUCCCAUGGAUUAAUUUACAUGCAGAAGCCUUUACGAUCAUUCUUUUCUUCAUACUUAAAGUCUUUGUCAGGAGUAACCAAGAGACCGUCUUCGCAAUACAAUGCACCUGUUAGGCAGAAGGAUGAGGCAAUGAGUCUAAUAAAGCCAUGGAAAUAUUUUGAUAGGAGUAAGGUGUAUAUGGCUGAUCUGGAGUCUGGUUUGCACUAUUUACUACGAGUGGAACUUGCUAGUCACAAGAUAUUGGAAGGGCCAGAGCUAUCUACCCUUAAGGACUUUAUUACAGUCCUGUCUAAGUUGUUCCCUGGUCAGCAACCAGCAGUGAAGUUACUGGAAACACUGCAGGAGUGGUUAGUCAGCCUCCCAUUGGAUAAAAUCCCAUACAAUGCAAUCCUCGAUUUGGUGAAUAACAAAAUGAGGAUAUCUGGAAUGUUUCUUACAAAUCGCGUUGAGUGGGUUGGCUGUCAGGGCAGCCAGCCCCAGUACAGAGGUUACCCAUGCUCACUUUGGACACUCUUCCAUACCUUGACAGUACAAGCUGCGACGCAUCCUACAAUGCACAUCCUUCCUGGCUUCGACAGCCCUCAAAUACUUCUACAGGUUAUCAGGAAAUACAUUCAUUAUUUCUUUGGAUGCAGGGAGUGUGCACAGCACUUUGAGGAGAUGGCAAAAGAAUCUAUGGAUAAAGUGACCACACUGGAUGAUGCUAUUCUCUGGCUAUGGAGAAAGCACAAUGAAGUGAACAACAGACUGGCAGGUGCUCCUAGUGAGGAUCCAAUGUUCCCUAAGGUGGCAUGGCCAACUCCAGACCACUGUCCCACAUGUCAUGAAGAAAUUAAGGGCCUUCAUACGUGGAAUGAGAAAGAAGUUCUCACAUAUUUGAAGUCUUAUUACAGCGUGGACAACAUUUCUUUGAAAUACAGUGAAUAUGAAUUGCAAGCUAAUAAAACAAAGAAACCAGCUCUACAAAAUAAUGAAAGCCAGGUUAAAAAUAAAGUGCCCUCUCAGCUGGGUAAUGACCAUAAGGAGCAAAAUGGCAUCCCUCAUAACCCAGCUCAAAACCCUAGACUUAGCGCCUUGAUAAAACAAGAAAAGGGCGAUAGUAAUCAGAAAAGAAUUUCAUUUGACCAAGAAGCAGCCAGCCUGAAGAAAGACCAUAAACAAUCCGUUUCAUUUUUUGGAAUCGGGUUUUCCAAUGUAGACAUGAGCUUGUGUGUCAUGUUAUAUGCAGCGUCGUGUUUUUUCCUGAUGGUCAUGUGCUUUUACUUUCAAAUGAGGUCAAAAAAAUGGAAAACCAGGUAUGUCUGUCCUAUCGUUUAAAACUGUUUCCAACGGUGUUGCAGAAGGAAAAUGGUUCUGUUCCAGCAGAAGUAGUCCUUGGAGAGGCUUUGUUUUCCCCAAAGCACGUCUUUACUUUUAGCAUAUUCAAUCCGGACUGCAUACUUCCAGUUUAGUUCUAACGUGUAACUUGAUCAUGGAUGCAUUUUACAGAUACUCCUACAUUGAGCAUUAUUUUCAAUGCUUGAUUGCCUUUUUAAGUGCAUCUGCAGUCAUGUCCCAGCAGUUAGGUUAGCCCUUUGCUCUGGUAUAAUCCUGACUGAUUCUUGUUGGGUUGUGAUUCUACAUGCGUUGGGUACUCCUCGUGUCUCACCUGAGACUUGGUUUUUGCACUUAAUGUCUUGACAAUGUAUCAGGCUGCUCAAAUCCAGGGAGAGCUGAGCAGAUGGUCCUAAACCCAGCCCAAUCCUGUCUGACCAAAAUUGGUAGUGCAAUUCAAAACAUUUCCUCCCAACUCUCUUUUGCCCAUUUCACCACUUCAUUGAUGUCAACCUAGUCAAAAGAUGUGAAUGAAACUGCAUCUUUUUGGUACCAUAUUUAGCUUGCUAUAUGGAGGUCAGGGAUGGCAGGUACAUAUCAGAUGUUUGCUUCCACCACCCUGCUUGACCGAUUCCAAAUGUUCAUCACUCAAGUCCUUCCUAAUCACUCAUUCAGAUUAAUUUUCCAGUAUAGUGUGUCUCCUGAUCCUACAUUUCUAGCUGUACUUUAAAGUGGUAUUCAGAUAUGUUCUACACAGGUCAUGAUUGCUGAAGUAUUUCUCCACACAAUCUAUAUGUUCACAAAAUCUUAAUUUAUUUUAUUUUUCACAAGUUGAAAUGUUUCUACUCAGCCCAGCUCUCGGGGUAGGUUUGUGUCUGAUGUUUCAACAGCUCUACUCUCUAUAACCACACUGUUUUAUGCCAAUGAUCAAUCUCCUUACUUUACUCUAUGUAAACCAUUUCUCCUCCAUGGUCAUUGUGAAUGGACCAGAAUUGAAUGCAAUAAUUCACCUCUGUUCUGACCAGUUUGUUGUUUAGUCCCUGCGUGGCUAUUACUGGAUGUGUAUACUGUCACCUAUUUUAGCAACUUCACCUCAUUGUCCCUGCAUUAGCAGUAAUGAUUUUGGGUAUUGCUGGCAAGUUCCUUUCUAUGUCCCUGAAUCAAGCACAUUCAUUGCUAACUUGUGCACUUGCUUUUCAUGUGUCUCUGUUAUUUUACAUGGAUCACACUGAAACUUUCUAAUUUUAAAUAAGUCUGAGAUUCUAUGAAGUAUUUUGCCUCUAUUUUAGGAAGGUGUGUUCUUCAACCUCAAUUUUAAUUAAGACAAUAAAAGCAGUCAAUUCUUUUCUCACUUUUUUUGCGGUGCCUGCACUAAAUCAAGCAUCGUGCUCAUCUGUCUGUGGGGUGGGGUGAAGAUUUUAAUGCAUUGCUACAGCUGCCAUUUCAUUGUUUUUGAAUGUAUUUUGUACAACAAAGGUGUUGAUCAGGGCUACUAUUUGUCUGCCUGUCCAUCUCCUGCUAAGAAUGGAGGUAAUUGUCAUUUGCUUCACAUUCCGGCUGUUACUUGAGUGAACAGAACUAUUUUUGGUGACAUCAGAUACGUGCCUUUCAAUACUCAACAGGGUGAUACGCUUUCAUGAUUAAAAGUAAUGCCUUUUGACAAUUUGUUCUUUUGAAUGCUUGUCUAAUGUUAAGUUCCAUAUUUUCUUGGCCAUGACAAGAGUCACAUUCGACCAAUCUUUUUUUUAAACAAAGUAUUUUCUUUGGUCCAAAAUACAACUGCCGUAUCUUUAGAGGCUAUAACAGGAAAGGUGUGCCUAAUGUUGCACUGGUACAGUAGUUCAGGCAGAUUGCUGUUGGAAUUGAGACAAAUAGCCAUGGUAUUUAUCCAGGGUAAUUCAGGGAAAGAGGAGUGUGGAGGUCUGGCAAUGAAAUUUAUUUGUACCACAGUCUGACAUUUGACCACCUGAAAUGUAUUCAUAUACUUCGAAACAAGAACCUUGUUUUUUGUAGUUCUCCAUUUUAGUUUUUGCAAAGAAAUGGUAAAUUGCAAUGUCUACACCAUGGAUUGAGAUCAAGUGCUGUCAUGUUUACAGACUGCUUCAGAAAGGGCAUGCUCCUGUUUGAAUUUUAAAGGAAUGUAUUCAUUAAUUGCUCAGUUUUUAACGAAUUGUCACAAUGCCUUGCAUUUCCUUGCUCUUUCUGCAUCCUAUUUAAAACUCAGCUUUGCUUUAAUUCAUUUUGAUCAAUCAGUUGAAGUUUCAACAGAAUUACCUCCAGUAUUACCCAGUGAAGUACAACCCCAAACCAAUCUGAAGUUUCUUCAGAGAUUCUGUUGUGCCAUUGGAAGAAUUUCCAUUCUGUAUGUCCAGAUGUAUUUUUAAAAAAUGAGUGCCAUUUGUUCUUUCAGAAUGUUGCCUUCACUUUCAAAAUGUUUUCUAAAGGUCAUAAUUGAAUUUAUUUAUUUUGUUUUAAGUUACCUUGUCCAUUGUACUGUUAUACCUUGAUGUUUCAGUCACUGCUGUAUAUUUUCAAUAGGAGAAAAUGUUGGCAAUCUUUUGUACUGAGAAGAAAAAUGCA